GUAGUUUAGCGUCACUUCCUCUGUAGCAGUGCACGUGUGGGUUGAAAACAAGUCUACGCAAGCUAACAUUAAUGUUAGAAUACUUUUGCCAAAUCUUUGGUUGAAUAGGAACAACAAUUAAGUAGGGCCACUUUACAGAGCCUUACCAAUGCCUAAAGUGAAGAAAUCCAGAGGCGGAGGGGUUGAAAAGAGCGGUGGAACGUUGGCGUUGGCUGAUCAGAUUCUACAAGGGGACAUGGUAAGAGUCCCAGGCAGAGUAAAGAGCAGAGACACGAGGGAAGAUGAAGAAGAUGAGUACGUGGACGAGCGUCUGUCACGGAAAAUCUUGGAACAGGCUCGAAUUCAGCAAGAGGAACUACAGACAGAAUAUGGCUUGGAACCGGAGGUCAAGAAAAAACCAGCCACCGUUUUAGGCCCUCACACCAAGGAUGAAGACUCAGAUGAGGAGUGGCCGGCUCUUGGAGAAGCAGGAGCAGGAGAGGGGGAUGAUGCUGGUUGUGCAACUGAAGUGGUGGUGGAUGCAGAGGAUGAGAAAGCCAUUGAAACUUUCAUGAAUAAAAAUCCUCCAAUGAGACGGACACUAGCUGACAUCAUCAUGGAGAAGAUCACAGAGAAACAGACAGAAGUGGGAACCGUGAUGUCAGAGAUUUCAGGAAGACCAAUGCCACAGCUGGACCCAAGGGUCAUUGAAGUCUACAGAGGAGUAAACAAGGUCUUGUCUAGAUACAGAAGUGGUAAGCUCCCCAAGGCUUUCAAGAUCAUUCCGGCAUUAUCAAACUGGGAGCAGGUACUGUACCUGACUGAGCCUGAGACCUGGACAGCUGCUGCUAUGUACCAGGCAACAAGAAUCUUCUCUUCCAAUCUGAAAGAGCGAAUGGCCCAAAGGUUCUACAAUUUGGUGCUGCUGCCCAGAAUAAGAGAUGACAUAGCAGAGUACAAAAAACUCAACUUCCACCUUUACAACGCAUUGAAGAAAGCCCUCUUCAAACCUGGGGCAUGGUUUAAAGGUAUUCUGAUCCCUCUCUGUGAAUCUGGAACAUGCACUCUUAGAGAAGCCAUCAUCAUCGGAAGCAUACUUACCAAGUGCUCGAUACCUGUACUCCACUCCAGCGCUGCCAUGCUGAAACUCGCAGAGAUGGAGUACAAUGGUGCCAACAGCAUCUUUCUGCGCCUGUUACUGGACAAGAAAUAUGCCGUGCCAUUCCGUGUCCUGGAUGCCUUGGUCGCACACUUCCUGUCUUUCCGCAGUGAGAAACGUGUCCUUCCUGUGCUGUGGCAUCAAAGCCUGCUCACCCUGACACAGCGCUACAAGGCUGACCUGGCUUCUGAACAGAAGGGAGCACUGCUCGAGCUACUCAAGAUUCAAACACACCCUCAGAUCUCUGCAGAGAUCCGACGAGAGCUGCAAAACUCUGAAUCCCGGGAUCUUGAAACGGCAAUGCCAGUCAUGAUGAUGGACUGAGUGUGGGCAGGGCAUGCUCCCACUAUCUUUUGCUCCAUGAUGCCAUCAUAGUUAAUAUUGUACACUGAAAAUGGGCAAGGGCUGCAAUUGUAGGUGUGUCAGACCAUGCAGUCCCUGGAUUCGAUAUACAUAUUGAUUGUGCAAUUGUUUUGUGAAUGCUAAAUGAAAAACCUCACACUUCAGGCCACAUUGAGUAUGUGUUCACAAAAUUACAUGAACAUGCACAUUUAGUGUUUAAAUACUGUCUUCAACAAUUGUUGAAAAGGUUCGUUUCCCAAAUAAUAAUUUAAUAUGGACCUUCACCAAUCACCCUUGGAAUUUCACCCUCACCCAUACCUGCAUUAACCACAUCGGACAACAAUGGACUGAUCAAUUUAAAAAGUAAAUAAUCCAAACAAUCUUUGUAAAGGUUUAAUAAAUUAACUUUUUGAGAGUUAUAUAGCUAUA